AAGAAACGCCUUUAUCGGAACAGGAUAUUAGCACACCUUUUGGAGGAGCAUGUGAAGGCAAAGUGAGGAAAACCCGUUUGUAGUACUCUUAGAACUGAUGUCACAUGCAAGGCAAGGACAUCACAAGGAGGAGUCAGAUUACUGUAAGAAUGGGCAGUGCAGCGUGCAGGCAAUGCUAGAUCAGACAGGGGAUUGGAACAGGGAUAAGACUUGCUGCUCAACACUCAUCCUAAACACAAGAAAGCACCGAUCGCUGUGCCACUGCUGGGGACAUUUGCACCUCCUGAAGAAUGAGAGAUCCUUGCUGCACAUGAAAAGCUUGUGUUGGAGUUAAAGCACAAUAGAGAGCAGACAGCCUUGUGAUUGGAAUGAGAAACAUAAUGUAUUUUGGUGGUACGUGCCAGAGCCCAGCUCUUUCUGCGCUGCUCCGUCCUCCACUCCCAACCUUACAACCUCCACUGGACCUAAAACAACUCCUUCCAUUUUCUUUGGACAGUACAGCAGCAAUUAAUCUCUUUUCAAACCUGACUGCAAUGGACCCAGUUCAAAAAGCAGUCAUAAAUCACACAUUUGGGGUUCCCUUACCGCAACGAAGAAAGCCACUUCCCCCCUGCAAUAUUUGUCAGCUGAAAUUUAAUUCUGAAGGCCAGGCUUCAGCCCACUACAAAGGCACUAAACAUGCCAAGAAGCUUAAAGCACUGGAAGCCAUGAGAAUUAAGCAGAAAAUGGUUACGCUCAAGGACAACGCAAAGACUAUCUUCAAUAUCCCUACAAAUGGCAUCAAUGGCAACUCUGAAAAAACAGAAAUUGCCCCAGGAAUCCCAGCAAUAUCAGCAAGUACAACAUUAGAAAUAAGAAAAAUCAGUGUUAUGACAACGGAGAACACCUCAAAGGUUGACAAUAAAAUCACUCUGUUAACUAGCAACAGCAUAUGCCCUUCAGGAGAGACUGAGGAGGAAAAAGCUAAACGACUUCUUUACUGUUCACUAUGCAAAGUCGCUGUCAACUCUGCCUCACAGCUGGAGGCUCACAACACUGGUACAAAGCACAAAACCAUGGUAGAAGCUCGAAACGGAAGUGGCACUAUUAAAGCAUUUCCACGAGCUGGUGUAAAAGGAAGUUUGGUUAUCAGCAAAGGGAACACAGGCCUCCAAAACAAAACAUUUCACUGUGAAAUAUGUGAUGUCCAUGUCAAUUCUGAGACCCAGCUUAAACAGCACAUAAGCAGUCGAAGGCACAAAGACAGAGCAGCUGGGAAGCCACCAAAACCUAAAUAUAGUCCUUACACUAAAGUACAGAAGACUCCCACUCCAGAUGUGAUAAAAUUAGCUUUUUCCAAGCAGCGUCUAAAGCCAUUAACAGCACGGAUCCUAUCAAAUCCACUUGCAGCAGCUGCCGCUGUUUGUGCCGCCGCUGUGAAUUCAUCUUUCAGCCUCCGAACUGCGCCAGGAGCCACACUAUUCCAAACGUCAGCACUUCCUCCAGCACUUCUGAGGCCAGCUCCUGGGCCAAUACGGACCACCCACGCACCUGUUUUGUUUGCUCCUUAUUGAACUUGAAGCAGGGGUGACUGUACUGCAAUAAUUUUUUUCCAAAACUAAAUAAAAAAAUAUAUAAAAGAACUAUGCAUUGUUAUUUAUAGUUUAAACUCUAAAGUAAGCCAGAACUUUUCAUAGCAGAAAAUGCUGGAGAUGAAGAUCAAAGGUUGUAUUUGCAUUCCCCAAGUUUUCUUCUUAAAUUGCUGUAAUGUGUGGAAACAUUUCCUGACCCAUGUAUUUGCAGCUUUAUUAGCAUUAAAGGUAAAACAAUAUUAAGUUUCAGGUUGUCAAUAUGUCAUUUAAUAGGGAAAUCUCGACUUUUGACCAAGUCCUGGAAACUAAAAAUUAAUAAACUAAAUUCGGGGAACUUCUGAGACUAUCAAGACUAUUGAGGACCUGUUCAGGUGAUAUCACCUUUGUUCCAUUCCUAGAGAAACUCUAGAAUAGCUAAAGAGUGCAGCAAUGGUAUCUUUGGUCUUCUUUCUUCUACUGACCAAGUGCUUUUAGAAACACCCAACUUCUUGUAUCAAGAAUAUAUAAAAGAAAAUGUAUCUGUCUUGUCCAUAGCAACUAAUCAUUUUGGAUUCUAUAAUCUGUCCUGAAAAAAAUAUAUGUGGAACCUAGUUGCUUAGUGCAAGACCAGAAGCUUUCAGACACCUUUAUUCAUUUGACAAAAUACCAACAGCCAUAGCAUGCAGGGGAAGCCAAGUAUCUCCCUGUAGUUUAAGUAGUAUUCUCCUUUAGCUUUGAAACACACAUUUGACCCUUGUACCCUAAAGAAUUUAGAGGUGAGGAGAUAUUUGGUGCCCAAUGUAUAAACACUGUGAAUGGUAUCCAAGUCAUGCUCAAUUCAAGGCUUGCAGGGUACCUCAACUUAUUGGAAGCUAUAGGUAUUUUUUCCCACAGUAGUGUUAUAUGUUGUCCUGUUUAGAGAAAAAAAGCAUUAGCUGAUCUUGGCAUUUCCUAAAUACAUUUUAAAUUCUUCUUGAAAGACAUUUUAGGCUCUAUUCAAGCAAAAUAAAAAUAAAAUGCUAAGGAGAUUAUGUGUAUCUUCAUCUAAAUAUGUUUACUGCUGUAUUAUGGAUUGUUAUUUAGUGGAUGAAAUACAGUAUGUAAUGUAUUAUAUGUGCCAUGUGUGUAUGUGUGGACUAUUGUCCCCAGACUUUCAUGUAUGUGAUACUGUUCUUUGUAAUAAUGCACAGAUUUAUUCUUGCUGCUCAGCCAAUAUGGUAUAGGCUUCUAUUAAGUAUGCUAUGGGAUUUAUAGCUGAACUGUUAAAUUAACUUUCCAUAGUGGGAGUUAAUUUUAAUGUUGUAAGAUUGUUUUUAAUGGGGAAACAGUGCAAUGUAAUUUUCAUUUAGGGAAUAUGUUUAAAUGAAAUACAUUCUGUGUUUUAAACAUAGUUCCUGCUUUUUCACUAUACCUACAGUAUAUACAUUUUAUUUGCCUUUUGGAGCUAUUUUCAUGGAUUUUACCAAAUGUAUUUGUUUUUGAAAGAAAACAACAUAAUUCAAUUCAAAUGAAGAAAAUACAAAUUAAAAAUAAUUUAUUGUGUUUAUGAGAUUAAGGAAGAUACGUGCCAUAAAGUGAAAUAAAUUAUUAAAUGUGUA